AUGCCUAAUCAGUUCGUUUUUCUCCAAGGUGAAGAGCUGCGGCGUCUGGCAAAGUUGGUUUACUACCAGGAAGUAGAGAACGUUAAAAACAUCCAUUUCAAGUCGGAAGAUGAACGGCGAAAGUACCUAAACGAAAGCAAAGCUUGCUACACAUCCGCACAGGGGCUAUUGGACAGUGGUGAGAAAAUAAAAAGGGAUUAUGAAAAGGAUGAAACUCGAUCUUCCAUUGCCCAUAAGAUCUUCUCCGGUAUGGAAUGGACAAUCAACACUUCCUUCCAGUGCGUCCGCAACUACACCCUUCGAAAGAACUGCCUUACCAAAGUCGCUGAAUAUUCCAAAACUCUCAUCCACAAACUGCAAAACUUGGAUCCUGCAGACACUUCAGGUGUUCUAAAACUACUUGCUGAUGCAACGGAAUACGAGAAAGCUAUGGUGGAGUAUGCCACCAAGCAUUCAAAUACUAUUCUUUCCUCUUUUUCCAACUGGAUCAAGAGCGAACGCAUCACCUUCGAGAGCUUACUCAUAAGGUUUAAGAAUAAGCUCAGGUUUGAAGGGCCUUUCAAGAAUCUUGAAAAUGCGCAAAAGGUGCAGGUAUACGAGGAAAUCUUGGAGGCAUCAGGGAGGGGAAGAGGUCUAUCAAUAGGGUUCUCAAAAAUUGUUGGGGCCGCAGGGGUUGCCGUACUCCUGCUGACGGCAGGCAUUAUGGUAUGGGAUGUAUAUACCUCGGAACACAAGUUUCAAACGGCGACACACGAUGCUGUGGUAGCGACGGCAUUGGUGGGGGGUUCGAUGCUGGGGAAUAUCGUCGGAGCAGCCCUGACCACGGAGUUAGUGGGCGCCGAGGCAGCUGUAUUGGGGCGAGUCUGGUUGCAGUGGGAGGAUUCGUUAUUGGCAUUGCCGGGGCCUUCAUUCUGA